UUUCCCACAAUGCACCAAAAAUUGCCAACAACUUCCCAGGAAGUGUUUAUCACUGACCGCUGCCAACAUGGAUUUAGCAAACCAGAGUUUGGUGAAUUACAUCUGAUUCACUGACUUCUUCGGUUGUGUUUGUAUGAAUAUAAUUGUAUAAAUAUCGUGAUCUUCACUGGAGCUCAUGAUUGUUUACGUUGUUCAGUGAGCGCUGAAGCUAAGCUAAGCUAAACUAACUGUACACAGUGUUGUGUUUGUGAUGUGAGCUGGUCAAUAGUCUGUUAUUGAGGAUGUAUACUUUAUUAUCGGGUCUCUACAAAUAUAUGUUUCAAAAGGACGAGUAUUGCAUCCUGAUCCUCGGUCUGGACAAUGCAGGAAAAACGACUUUUCUGGAGCAAACAAAAACUAAAUUUAGCAAAAACUACAAGGGCAUGAACCUUUCGAAGAUCACGACUACAGUGGGUCUCAACAUCGGCACCAUUGAUGUGGGAAAAGCUCGUCUGAUGUUUUGGGAUCUUGGAGGACAAGAAGAGCUGCAGUCAUUGUGGGAUAAGUACUAUGCAGAAUCACACGGUGUCAUCUAUGUCAUUGACUCCACCGACGAGGAGCGACUGGGCGAGUCAAAGAACGCUUUUGUGUAUCACUGAGAAGUGGGAGAGUCAUAAUUUGGUUUCAAGUUAAGAAUAAAGUAUGUAAAUACUUACAAUUUACAAAAAUAGUCAUGUCUUCCUUUCAUAUGAAAUGUGGGUUUGUUUAUUCAGACUGUAUUCAUUAUAUUAUUUAUAUAAUUAUACAAAUAUAUAAAUAAAUCAUAUAGGCCUAUCUUAUAAUUUUUUAUUAUAUAUGAUUCCACAUUUUCUGAAAGUCUAAAAAAGGAGUCGACUUAACAUUUUUUUAAUUAUUGCAUGACAUUGAAAUAAAUAAAUUGCAAUAAAGUAAUUAUAAUAGUUGCAAUUUAAGCAUUUAAAGAAAUGCAUCAUUUCCAUAAUAUUGUGUCUUCUUUUUCUAGUGUAUCACCGAGAAGUGGGAGAGUCAUAAUUUGGUUGCAAGUUAAGAAUAAAGCAUGUAAACAUUUUUUGCAGUUGACUAUUUAAGUCAGCUGCAAAAAAUAAGUAACUUCAUGCUGAUUUUUAAACAUAAAACUUGAUGUUCAAUAAAAAAUG